AUGCCGAUAAGCGCAACGGCGGCGGGAGCCCUUUUCGGAUUAUGGACUCAGUUGUACUCUAACAGCCUUCGCAAGCUCCCCUACAUGCGCCAUCCAUGGGAGCAUCUGUUGGGAAUGGGACUGGGAGCUGUGUUUGCGAACCAGCUUGUGAAGUGGGACGCCAAGGCUAAGGAGGACCUCGAGAAAAUGCUCCUCAAGGCCAAGGAAGCCAAUGAACGCCGCUACUUUGAUGACGAUGAAGAUUAA